GGCAGAAGCCAGCAUAGCCAGGGCUUUUGUGGGGGUUCUGUCUGCACGGUGUGGAGAAUGCGCUAUUCCGUCAUAGAAGAUGGGAUGAUUUUUCAGGGUAGGUUUUUAGGUCCUUUGGCAUUACGGCGUGUGGGUGGGACUGUUCCAUUCCUACGUGUCCUCUGGUUUUCUUCCGUAGCGCGUGGAAAUACACUGGAAUACCUAUCUCCCGAGACAACUUUCAUCUGAGAACUUGAGAGUCAUAAAGAAACAACAUUUUUUUUUUGUCUUCCUGUUAUGUAUGGGUUACACUGGCUGUCUUAGCAGUUUAGUGGGGUGUUGAAAUGUCCCUUUUGCUUGCUUCUUUAUUUUUUUUGCUAGCUGCUUGGUUUUGAAUCUAGCUUUCCCUCUAUGCUCUGGUUUUGGUUUUUUUUCCUUUCUGAUCACAGAAGCUGGAGGUGCUGGGACUGGCUGGGGCCCUUCUGGUGUGUUUCCGCUCUAAUGCAGGAGAACCUGGAGAAACAUGUUCUCUGCACCUUACCCUGUCUAAUCUCAAAAGUCCACAGCAGAGAGGGCUUCCACUAUGCCAGUUGAGAAAUGGUUUAACUGUUGAACAGACCUCUCUGUUUGGCAUGCUUCCUCUGCUCCCUGGCAAAUCCAUUGCAGAGAACCUCCCCUGAUCUCGGGGAUGAAUUGGUCUCGUUACGUCCCCACCUUCCUGUAAUGGAUUUAAUUCCUUCCUUUGACUCACUCUCUUGCUCGAUCCCUCCCCUUCCUUAGUGUUUGGAGCCUUUGGAGACCUCCUCAUCCCGUUAGCGAUGUCACUGUUUAGCCAGGCCAGUUUUGAGGAAGACAGCCAGAAGCAACCAGCUGUGGGACGCUGGAAGACACUAAUGCCAUCCAAAGGCAGCAGGGAGGAGUCAGAGACUGGAUGCCAGGAUGCUGGAGGUGUGGAUGAGACCCAGUCCACCGAGCAGCUCAACGUGUCACGGCUACGCAGCUCUUCAGUGGAGAUCCGUGAAAAGGGGUCUGAAUUCCUGAAGGAAGAGCUGCACAAAGCACAAAAGGAGCUGAAGCUGAAGGACAAAGAAUGUGAGAGAUUGUCAAAAGUCAGAGAACAACUGGAGCAGGAACUAGAGGAGUUAACAGCUAGCCUAUUUGAGGAAGCGCACAAGAUGGUGAGAGAAGCAAACACUAAACAGGCGGCGUCAGAGAAACAGCUGAGGGAGGCACGGGGGAAGAUCGACAUGCUGCAGGCAGAGGUCACAGCUCUGAAGACGCUGGUGAUCACAUCCACACCUUCCUCUCCGAACCGGGAGCUGCACCCUCAGCUCCAGAGCCCUUCUAAAGCUGUCUUCAGGAAGGGCCAUGGGCGAAACAAAAGCACCAGCAGCGCAAUGGUCUCAGCUGCCAGCCAGAACGUGACUCCGGAGCCAGUCAGUCAUGAGUGCAAAGAGUCUGGGUUACCCGCUCUGCUCUCUCUGCUCCUUUGUAUCAUCCCUGGGAAGGCUAUCCACAUCACCUAUGAACCAGGCUGGCAGGCCUUGGGGGCAGAUGCUUCCUCAUCCUUGCGGCAGGUCGACUCCAUUUUAUUUGCUGAGUUCCAGGCCUGGAAGGAAUCUCCAACUUUGGAUAAAUCCUGCUCCUUCCUGGACAGAAUUUAUCGAGAAGAUGUAGGACCUUGUCUGGACUUCACUAAGCAGGAGCUGUCGGAGCUGGUGCGAGUGGCUGUGGAGCAGAAUACACUCACCAUUGAGCCAGUUGCUUCCCAGACACUGCCCGUGGUGAAGGUGUCAGCAGAAGAGUGCGGUGGGCCGAAUGGGUUCCGGUCACAAAUUGUAACGAAAUGUGCUCUGAGUGGCCUCGCCAGGACCUGCAAGCACCGCAUCAUGCUGGGGGAUUCUGGGAAUUACUACUACAUUUCACCAUCCUGCAGGGCCAGGAUCACAGCGGUGUGCAACUUUUUCACAUACAUUCGCUAUAUCCAGCAGGGCUUGGUGAGGCAGGACGUGGAGCUGAUGUACUGGGAGGUCAUGCGGCUCCGGAGGGAGAUGUCUCUGGCCAAACUUGGGUUUUAUCCCAGUGAGAUGUAAGCAGAGGCCUGAGCAUGGAAGGAAACUGCUCCUGUAUGAACGGCUUGUCAAACGCAGCCUGCCAAACAGAUGAAUGCAGUGCCUCUCCUGCAGUGGGCCUUGCUCCCUCCCCACCCUCCCUCUGCCUGAAGCUGAUCAAGGAGCAAGAAGCACAAGUUCCACCUUCAGCUGUCCCAUUUCCCCAACUGUGACUGGAAUGCAGCUGCCAAGCUACCCCCUCAGAGCCGGGCUGGCCCUGGCUGCUUCUGGGGUGGCCGUCUAUAGACUGUCCUCUAUGGAGUCUCCUAUAUGCAGUGUAUAUCCAUUGUUUUUUUUUUAAACUUUUGUUUUUAUAUGCAGUCUGCUUUGGCAUAGUCUGCCUUGCACAGGGCUGGCCUCAGGAGUCCUGGACCUUCUUUGUAAGCAAGUCUUUCAGGACAGAUGCUGGCUGUCUGUCCGUCUGUUCCACUCAGUCUUUAGGGUGGAGGGUGCUGUCCCCAACCAUACACCUGGGUCCUGCUGACCACUUACUCCCCUAACGGCCCUGUAAAUGCCAGCAGCACACAAUAAUCUUAUGAAGAGCCAUGAACAGCCUGUUUCCAAGUACUUCCUUGCUCCUUUUAAAGGAGCCUGCAAGAAGCUUUCUGCCAGCUGAGUCACAAAGAGGGAUUUGUUUCUGUUUUUUUAGCUUGCGAUUUGGCACUGGGGAAUCCAGGCUGGGGGAACAGCCGGAGCAGGGGCUGGAGCUGUGCACCUGGGGCUUUCGGCAGAAGAAAGCGGGCAGGGAAAUCGCGUAACUCACAGCUGGCCGCAGCUUGGCUGCAGUCUGCAGGAUGUUUUCUCCUGGUCUAGAGAAUCUGCUGCAGUUGUCACAGGCAGAUGCGGACCUUGACGGGCAGUGCCCUGUGACAAUCCUUGGUGCAGAAGUCCCUCCCUUACGGUGCUCCUAGGUACAAAACUCACGCACAAGCAGAUGCCUUUGAGCUGUUCCUGCUCUGAGGGAGCUUUGGGCAGUACCAUUCCCACUGUUUAGAUAGAAACCACGGUCCCAGGCUGGGUUCUUUGUCUCCAGGAGCACGCCCAGGCUGGGCACUGUCUUGAGGCCCCGAGAUUUCCUCCCCAGUAUUACACCAGACCUAGAGAUGCACAUCCACUGGGAAACCCAGCUUCCCCUGGGCUGCCAUCCCCAGUGAGGAAAUUUUAGACAACUUUGUGUGCGCGUGUGAGGGAUGUGGCUGCCGUUCCCGUAUGCCUCAAAAUGUGCUGGGAAGGAUGUCGCUAAAGCUUUUGGAAAGCAGAGGCCUGCUAUAGCUUGAGCUCAGGCCCAGGCUUGUCUGUACAGAACCGUGUUAAAGUCAUGACAGUGUUUUGUAGCCAGUUUAGCCUUUUUUUCAGUGACUGUGGAAUCGGCUCAGCCACCACCCACCCUGGAGGUUUCAUCUCACGUGGCAUUUCUGCACUCUUGACUGGCAUGUCACCCUGUCCCUCUGCCGCCAUCGUAACUCCCAUCUUGGCAAGUUGGUGCCCAGAACCAGGUCACCAUCCUCAGCUCCAUUAAGUUUCAUCCUCUCCUGGGAGAUGCUACAGGCGGAACUCUGUAUCUUCAGUGGAAGAAAAUUAACUGAGCUGCUGUGUUUUUGUCCAGGGGAGGGAGUAAUAGACGGGGAAGACAGAAGUUUUUGGUUUGGAACCUAAUACAAGGACAGCUUCACAGCAGAUCUCGGAACCGUCUGUGGAAGACCCCCAUGAGCACAAGCUUUCCUGUCAGUGUGCACACAGUAUGCUGCCGAGUUGCUCCUCAGGGGAGUCCUUUCCUUAUAGCUAUACUGGCAUACGGUAUUGCUUGGCAAGGGUUACUAGCUGUGUGAAACAUGAGUCGUCAUCCCCAGAGCUGGGAGAACACGUUCCCGACAAUACACACGAGCUUUGAAUCCACCUCCUUCAGCUCAGAAAGGGCUGACCUGCAAGUCCGAGUUGUUAACACCCCAGUUCUGCUUUUGCUUCCCACAGCUGGGUGCCCCAACUCAUGCUGCUCACCCUAGCUAGGUGAGCGCGUACAUCUGCUACUCUUCACCAAAGGAAUAUGUUUAAAAUGUGGAGUAAAAGCCCAGAAAAUACAUCUUUGGGUAAGAGUCUGGCUGGGUCUUGAGCUAGUGAUAAACCUGCACCUCUUUGGUGUCUGCAGACUUGUGGCAAUUUGACAUCAGCUUUUCCAGAGGAGAAAAUAGAAAUGUCUUUCCCCAGCUGCAGAUUUCAGCUCAGGUAAAUUCUCUCUCUGGUAGUUUCUCCUUGUAUCUGCUCCCCCUGACCUUUUGAUCUCUACAUGUCAUCCUGUGCCAUUAGCUGCUACAUUGCACAACAGACGUGGCUGCAUUGCAGCACUGGGAAUGAGAUGAUCUCUCUAUGUAGGAGAUGUUUUGGUUUGUGGGAUUUUCCCCCCCGCCCCCCGGUGUCACUUUGUAAAGCACUUUGAGGUGAAAGGAAUUAGAGAAGUGCAUUGUACAAGGUUGUCUUACAUUUAAAACAAAGCAGAGAGAACAAUUUGUAAAUUAAUAUGAAGUCACUCUGUUAACAGCGGGAUGGUUGCACCCUGCUCUUUAAUAAAGGAAAAUAAACAUUUGCUAUU